UGUAGAGACAGCUCGAGGGCUUCUCAGAGGAUAUGUGGAAGCUGCUACAACAGCUGUCGUUGGUUGGCUGCGCAAAACAACAGCCGGCACGUAGGUAUCGAACUUUCGUGAUUGGCUCAAAUUCUACGAUUCGAUUUAUAGCCCACAUGAUUCAGGCAAAGAUCGGGAUCGGCAUUGUAGAAAGGAGACGAUGAUGGGGGCAGUUCCGUCAUUAGACGAAGCAUAUCUCAAGUCACGCGCCAAUCAGACCAGCGGCAAAGUCAACGUUCCUUUCUCUUCAGAUUUGGAGGGAGUUUUUAUCCUUCGAUGUGUGUCGUGUGUUUUCUCCCCAAAUCCAAAGGGGGAAAAAAGGGAGUGUGAUACUAAGUGAGGAUAUUAGAUUGACCUCUCGCCCAACCCAAAUCGAGCGCAGAUAGGACAGCGGCAGAGAGGUGAGGACGGUUGGGGCAGGCGGAUGGCGGAGAACGGCGCCGGCAGCGGAGGCGGAGGAGCAGGUGGAGGUGACGGGAUGGCGGCGGCGGCGGCGGUGGGUGCAGGGAAGCCGCCGCGGCCCACCAUCAUGCUGCCGCCGCGCUCUUCCAUGGCGAGUCUCUUCCAUGAAGGUGGAGGGGGCGCUUCGGAGGUCAGCCCCGGCCCGCUGACGCUGGUGUCGAGCUUUUUCGCGGACGAUCCCGAGACGGAGUGCCGUUCCUUCACUCAGCUGCUCGUCGGAGCUAUGAAUUCUCCCGUGGCAGCGGCGAGGAGGCCGGCUGGGAUCUCCUGGGAACAGGAGAAGGUGGCGGCUGGUGGCUCGGAAGACGGCGGGGCGGAGGGAGGAGGCAUAGGAGGUGACGGUGGUGUAAGUCGAUUGAAUCGGGUGAAGCAGAACCGGCCUGCAAGCCUGACGGUAAGCCAGCCGCAGGCAUUCACGAUUGCCCCAGGACUAAGCCCCUCAAGCUUGCUGGAUUCUCCUGGGUUCUUCUCGUCCGGCCUGGGCACCUUCGUAAUGUCGCAUCAAGAGGCUCUGGCUCAGGUCACAGCUCAGGCAUCCCAGUCCCAAUUCAAAAUGCUGAGUCAGGCAGAAUACCCAUCUGAAUUUGUGACAACACCACCAUCAUCACAGCAACUUAUCCAGGAAACCCCUACCCGAAAGCGAAACAAUUCUGUAUUUGAAUCUGCAGAGGGCUCUCUUUCUGAUCAAAUAUCUCACCCUACAGCCAUUGUAGUUGAUAAACCUGCCAGUGAUGGCUAUAAUUGGCGAAAAUAUGGCCAGAAAAUGGUGAGAAGCAGUGAGUAUCCUAGGAGCUACUAUAAAUGCAGCCAUCCCAAUUGUCCAGUCAAGAAAAAGGUAGAGCAUUCGGCAGAUGGUCAAAUUACUGAGAUAAUUUACAAGGGUCAGCACAACCAUCAACGUCCUACCCCAAAUAAACGAUUUAAGGAAGGCGAUAGUUUUCUUAGUGGGUCAAAUGAGAUCACUGAAAGUCUUGACAAUCCUUCAACACCUGAAUCUGGUUUUCAUGGUAAUCAUGGGAAUCUCAGGAGAUCAAAUGGCAUGACUGCUGCUACUUCAGCUUCAAAGAGAGAUCGAGAAUUUGACUAUGGCGCACCUGAACAGUUAUCUGGGUCAACUGAUAGGGAAGAAGUAUCUGAGACACAAACAGAUGGAAGGGACAAUCAUGAUGCUGAUGCUAAACGAAUGAAUGUAUCAGCAUCCUCCCAAACGACAUCAGCAGAACCUAAGAUUGUUGUGCAAACAACAAGCGAGGUCGAUCUUUUGGAUGACGGUUACAGAUGGCGAAAGUAUGGGCAGAAAGUUGUUAAAGGAAAUCCUAAUCCGAGGAGUUAUUACAAGUGCACGUAUCUCGGAUGCAAUGUCAGGAAGCAUGUCGAGAGAGCUCCAACUGAUCCCAAAUCUGUCAUAACAACAUAUGAGGGGAAACAUAACCAUGAUGUGCCCACUUCCAGGAAUAGCAGUCGUAACUUGGCGUGCGCUGGUGUUGCUUCCAGCAUUGUGCAAUCUAAUAGCCAACCCUCCCUCAGGACCACAAACUUCAGAAACAAUGAUCAGCAACCAGUCGCAGUUUUACGGCUUAAAGAAGAACGUGAGAUCACUUAGUUUACCGGAAUUUGUCGCAAUUUCUGAACAACUAUAUGCUGUAUUAUGCGGAUCUACUAUUGGUUCGGUACGCCAGCAAACCAGCAGUGUGCUCAGACUUAAAAGAUGUGGAAGGUAUUCAUUUUAGCUCCAAUACAGAUUUUUCGACAAAAAUGUCGUUGUAUCCAGUUUACCUCUUUGCACAUACAUUGACACGAUAAAAGUCAUAGAAAGUGUUUGUACAUCGUUCUCUUCUGAUUGUACUCUGAAAGCAGAAACUUCAAUAUUUGCUCGGUAUGUAACAUUUUCUUAGGCUAAUCAAACAGAUUUCUUUA